UCUCAAGGUUGACAGAGAGGUUUGUGAAUGGGGUGGAUAUAUUAAUGGACACAUUCUGGAGAAUAUGGACUGAUUUGUUAGAUGUUCUUGGAAUUGAUGCCUCCAACUUGACUCAUUAUUUCAGCCCAGCGGCAAUUGCCAACAACCCGACCCGUGCUCUUCUACUGAUCGGUGCCAUUUUACUUGCCUAUUGGUUUUUAUCUCUCUUCCUUGGAUUCUUCUUCUAUCUCCUGCACAUGCUGUUUGGUCGCUUUUUCUGGAUUGCGAGGGUUGCCCUUUUCACACUCUCGUGCGUGUACAUCCUCCAGAAGUACGAAGGUGACCCAGAACACGCAGUCCUGCCUCUCUGCUUUGUUGUAGCAGUCUACUUCAUGACGGGGCCGGUUGGAUUUUACUGGAGGAGAAACAACAACAGCAGCCUUGAGGAGAAGAUGGACCACCUGGAUAAUCAGAUCAGACUUCUGAACAUACGUCUUUCUAGGGUGAUUGAAAACCUGGACAGAGGCAGUGACCAGUGAACCAACCCCUGUAGACCACUGUACACCAGCUCUAGAAAAUUCCUAAGCACUGUCUCAUUCAAAGUUACAAAGCAACAAAACAUCACAUGGUAAAAAGUAUUCAAAGUUAUAACUUUUCAUCAUGUGUAAGACUAAUUUAUCUAGAUUAUACACUCAGCCAUUAUACUUGUAGGAAAAAAGAAAAACAUUUAAAAAAUUCAGCUGUAUAUUCAGAGAGUUUUAUCCAGUACUAGAAUUUUCUCAGUAGAUAAACGCUUACUUUUACAAGCAUUUAAAAACAUCUUUUGUAAAGUUUUUAUAAAAGCAAAUUGAGUAGUCUUUCAAAUAUUGAAAUUCAGCUAAACAUAUGCAAAUUUGACACU